AGUAGCGUUCGUUGUAAAGUGCUAUGACAACAGGGCGAAGAUGGCUUGGAGUUAGGCUGGAGUGGGGAGGUGUCCCUUCCGCCGCUGCUAUCCCUUUUCUGCUACAUUCCACUCACUGCCUCCUUCAUCAUUUCCUCCUUUUUGUGAGCAGUAGGACUUGCCGUCGUUCUCGAUUGUUUGGCCCCUUCCAACGGAUUGAUGAGGUUUCCCCUGCUUAUCUCCGGGGGUGACCGAGGAGCGAUGCUGGGAACCUCCUUGCGGGGGUCGCUCCAACUCCGUGGAGCCGUUUGUGCUACCUGGUGAGGCUUUGUCGUUGCCUGGGGCUUGGAACAAAUCGGAGCAGGAGAAGUGUGGGGUUGUGAAGCCAGGGGUUGGUUUUUUUCUGCACCCUUCCUUCUUGUCCUUGUUGCUUCAGCCCUGGGACCCUGGCAGGCGCUCUAAAAGGACAUCUUUUGAAAGAGUUGGAAGAAAGAAAGGUGGGGCCGGACUCACCUGAUCCAGCAUCAGAGUGAGCGAAAAUGUCUUUAUUUAAAGCCCGUGAUUGGUGGUCUACUGUUUUGGGAGAAAAAGAAGAAUUUGAUCAAGGUUGUUUGUGUUUGGCUGAUGUUGACAAUACUGGAGAUGGACUAGAUAAGAUAAUCGUGGGUAGCUUUUCAGGAUACCUAAGAAUCUUUAACCCCCACCCUGAAAAGACAGGAGAUAGAGCUCAAGCUGAAGAUUUGCUUUUAGAAGUGCAUCUGCGAGAUCCAAUACUGCAAGUGGAAGUAGGAAAAUUUGUUUCAGGUACUGAAAUGCUUCAUUUGGCUGUGUUGCACUCUAGAAAACUUUGUGUCUACUCUGUCUCAGGAACCUUGGGUAAUGUGGAACAUGGGAACCAGUAUCAGAUCAAAUUGAUGUAUGAGCAUAACCUUCAGAGAACAGCCUGCAAUAUGACUUAUGGAUCGUUUGGUGGUGUAAAAGGUCGAGAUUUAAUUUGUAUACAAUCAAUGGAUGGGAUGCUGAUGGUGUUUGAGCAGGAAAGCUAUGCUUUUGGGAGAUUUCUGCCUGGUUCUCUUCUACCUGGUCCUCUUGCUUACAGUUCCCGUACAGAUUCCUUUAUUACUGUCUCUUCUUGUCAACAAGUGGAAAGUUACAAGUACCAAGUACUUGCUUUUGCAACGGAUGCAGAUAAAAGAAAGGAGACUGAACAGCAAAAACUUGGUUCUGGAAAAAGACUAGUUGUGGAUUGGACUCUCAAUAUUGGGGAGCAAGCCCUUGAUAUAUGUAUUGUCUCUUUUAAUCAGUCCACAUCAUCUGUUUUUGUCCUUGGUGAGAGAAACUUCUUUUGCCUGAAGGAUAAUGGACAAAUUCGAUUCAUGAAGAAACUUGAUAGUAGCCCAAGUUGUUUUCUCCCAUAUUGCUCAGUUUCUGAAGGAACAAUAAAUACUUUGAUUGGAAACCAUAAUAGCAUGUUGCAUAUUUAUCAGGAUGUGACACUGAAGUGGGCCACUCAGCUUCCUCACAUUCCUGUAGCAGUAAGAGUGGGCUGUUUGCAUAAUUUAAAGGGAGUGAUAGUCACUCUGAGUGAUGAUGGUCACUUGCAGUGUUCAUACCUGGGGACAGACCCUUCUUUGUUCCAAGCUCCAAAAGUUGAAGCUCGAGAAAUAAACUACAGCGAACUUGAUAAAGAAUUGAAAGAACUUCAAAAAAUCAUCAAAGAUGUUAACAAAUCACAAGGUGUUUGGCCCAUGAUCGAGAGGGAAGAUGACUUGAAAGUUUCUGCCAUGGUUUCUCCUAACUUUGAUUCAGUUUCUCAAGCUACUGAUAUUGAAGUGGGAACUGACCCUGUCCCUUCAGUCACAGUGAAGGUCACACUGCAGAAUCGAGUAUCGUUGCAAAAAGUCAAAUUAUCAGUCUAUGUGCAGCCACCAUUAGUGUUGACUUGUGAUCAGUUCACCUUUGAAUCCAUGGAACCAGAGAUGACCAGAACAGUAGCCUUUUCUGUUUAUCUGAAAGGAAGUUAUAUGCCAUCUGAAUUGGAAGGAAAUGCUGUUGUUUCUUAUUCAAGGCCAACAGAUCGAAAUCCUGAUGGCAUUCCUCGAGUUAUCCAGUGUAAAUUUAGACUUCCCCUGAAUUUAAUAUGCCUUCCUGGUCAGCCUUCAAAAACUGCAAGCCACAAACUAACAAUCGAUACUAACAAAUCUCCAGUUAGUCUUCUCAGUCUCUUUCCAGGCUUUGCCAAUCAUUCAGAAGAUGAGCAGGUGAAUGUAAUGGGUUUUCGCUUAUUAGGAGGCUCUGGAGUUACUCUUCUUGCUUCUAAAACCUCUCAACGGUACCGCAUUCAGAGUGAACAAUUUGAAGAUCUUUGGCUCAUAACAAAGGAGCUUAUUGUCCGCCUUCAAGAAUAUUUUGAAAAACAAGGAAUCAAAGAUUUUGCAUGUUCUUUUUCUGGAUCUAUUCCCUUUCAAGAAUAUUUUGAGUUAAUAGAUCAUCAUUUUGAGCUGCGCAUAAAUGGGGAAAAAGUAGAAGAACUCUUGUCUGAAAGAGCUGUACAGUUUCGAGCUAUCCAACGCCGGUUAUUAGCAAGGUUCAAAGAUAAAACACCUGCUCCUCUUCAACAUCUGGAUGCCUUGCUAGAUGGAACUUACAAGCAGGUAAUCGCUCUAGCAGAUGCAGUAGAGGAAAACCAAGACAAUCUGUUCCAGUCAUUCACCAGACUGAAAAGUGCCACCCAUUUGGUGAUUCUGCUGAUCGGUUUGUGGCAGAAGCUUAGUGCCGACCAAAUUGCUAUUCUGGAAGCAACAUUUCUGCCACUGCAGCAGGACACUCAAGAACUGGGCUGGGAAGAGACAGUGGAUGCUGCUAUUUCUCACCUCUUGAAGACCUGCCUGUCAAAGAGUUCAAAGGAGCAGGCUUUGAACCUCAGCAGCCAGCUGAACAUGCCCAAAGACACAAGCCGACUGAAGAAACAUAUCACCUUGCUCUGCGAUAGAUUAGCCAAAGGUGGACGUCUCUGCUUAAGCACUGACGCAGCGGCCCCUCAGACCAUGGUCAUGCCAGGUGGCUGUACGACCAUCCCAGAAUCGGACCUAGAGGAAAGACCAGUAGAACAAGACUCUACUGAACUGUUUACCAAUCACAAGCACCUCACUGAAGAGACAUCUAUGUCUGAAGUUUCACCUCUCCAAGGAGUCUUGCAGUAGUUUGAAUACAGUGGUCUGGUUGAAAGGAAGAGGGCCCUCCACGAACCAGCCUGUGUAGACCUCAUGUCAAGCACUGGGUAGGGCCAGCUGCUUCGUCCAACUAAGCUGCCUGGAGUUGAUGCUGUGUAGAUGGAGCCAGACUUUUCUCUAGCUCGCAGAACUUAUAAUACCUUGGGCAAGUCUCACUGGGAAAGGAUGUUGCUGCUUCUUGGUCAUCUCCAUGCUGGCAGCCACGGGAUCUAGUAAGAUGACAUCAUUUUGGGGCAGAUUUGAUAAUGCGGAGACCUAGCUUGGAAAUAAUUUGAUACCCUAUAUUUUUCACACAAUUCUUAUAUAGUAAAUGUAUCAAGUUUAAUAAAGCAUCUCAU